CCCACCAACAAGAUCCCUUCACUCUCUCAGCUCCUCUUAUGUUUCUACCUGAUGAUCUUCUUCUUUUCUCUCUCAAUGACGUCAUUUAAAGAUGGACUAUGAUGCGGGGUGUGUUGCCGAAGAUCCCGUACUGUUUAUUCUUGCGUUCCGCUCCCGUUUCGCUCCUUAAACUUAGGCUGCUUUAAGCGCAGUGUCCUGCUAAGCGGUGCGGGCUCGCUUUGCUCCUUUCUUUCUUUGCUGUUGUGUUUUUACGGUCUGAGCUGCGGCUCCAUUGCGGACAGGACGCUUUAAACUGGGCUGUUUAUGAAUGAACGACAAUAACAAGGGCAGAAGAAAACAAAACUCUUCUGUUUUCAUUCCGUUCUUGAAAUCACUGAUAUGCGGGAUUAAAAAUCCCGACCUUCACUGCGGGGGAAAAAAACCAUUUCUCCGCAGACUAAAUGUGAAAUCUUAGCACUGGGGUACGUGUUUGCGAGGAUUUCUUCAAAAGAGUCGAGGCGGGGUGACCAUGUCUAUCCACAUUGUAGCCCUGGGGUGUGAGCGCCCAGGUCACGGGGCCACGGAGGAGGAGCCAGGACACGGCCAGGGUGGCCUGCUCUGGAGCUACCUGGGCUGGGGCAUGGUGGGCGUGAUGAGGGGCCGCUGGGACGUGGUGGACGGCGCCCCCCAGGGGGCUAUCGCCGCCCCAUGUCACCACACACUGAACACGGCCUUUGCCGAGUACCAGGCCCGUGUUCUGGGUGAUGUCAGGGUGGUGCUGCACGAUUGCCCCCGCUGGGAUCUUCUUGACAGUAACUGGGUGACCACGCAGAGUUUGCUGGAACAGGCUGACAUUCUGGUCAUUAAGUACUCCGUGAAUGACAAGCUCACCUUCCAGCAGCUGCGAGACACUUAUGGGCCACGCAUACGCCCCCUGCUGCGUCACUGGGCCAUCCCUGUCGUUGUGGCGGCUGUGGGCGCACGCCUUAAUGAGGACAGCCCCCCUUGCACAUGCCCCCUGUGUGCCUCUGAUUGGCGUAGUUCAGUGCCACACAGCGAGGGCCUGCAGCUGUCCCAAGAUCUGGGGGCUACCUACCUUGAGCUGCCUUCGCUCAACGACUUCUUCGUGGGACGCUAUUUUGGGGGUGUGCUGGAGUACUUCAUAGUCCAGUGUCUGAAACAGAAGGCAAAACAGAGGCCAGAGAAGAGGCGGAGCCACAGGGUCAGUGAGCCCCGCCCACCACAACUGGAGCAGCCAGCCCGGCUACCCAAUGUGCGAGUGGAGGAGUCUAGCUUCUCGCGGGAUCUGCAGUGGCUUCUGGAGCGCGGAGUCCAGUUCGCUGACGUAGCCUUUUACGCCGGUGAUUCCGGAAAGGAGCUGGGCUGGGCGCAUGCGGCGGUGCUGUGCUCUGUCAGCCCUUACUUUCGGCAUCUGCUGUUGGGGGCACAAUCCCGGGACAGGCCAGUGUCCCGCUGCGGCUGCCAGGACGCUAUUCAAGGCCUGCUGUCCAGGUGGGAUGGGGGCUUGGAUGAGCCCCCCCGCACGGACGUGCCCCUCCCUGGACAUCUAUCUCGCCUAGUGGUGAAGGACCCUCUGCUUUGCCUGUGUUUAUGGGAGACGCUGAAGUUCCUCUAUAGAGGGGCAUCUGAGUGGAAACAACUGCAGGAUGCAGCGACGGAGAAGCUGAAGAACUCGGCGGCGGUGGCAGAGCUCAUGGACAGAGUCCGAUCCUUUCUUGAAAUGGAAAAGGGUUCAAGAGACACCCUCAGUCACUCCUCCCAACAACCACCUCACUCCCUGGGCAAUCUGCUCAACUCCCCCCUCUGCUCCGACGUCAUUUUCAUGGUGCAAGGCAGCGUCUUGCCAGCCCACAGGGCGGUCCUAGUGGCACGUUGUGAUGUCAUGGCGGCCAUGUUCAGUGGGAAGUACGCCGAGGCUCGGAGCCGGGUGGUGCCCAUCCAUGGAGUUUCCUCGGACACCUUCCUCUCGUUCCUUGAAUACCUCUACACUGACACAUGCUGCCCAGCCAGCGUGCUACAUGCCAUGGCUGUGCUGGUCUGCGCUGAGAUGUACCAGGUGAAGCGUCUGCAGCAUCUGUGCGAGGUGUGCAUCUGUGCCUACCUGCAGAGCAUGCCCAGCAGGGAGCUCAGCACCACCGGCAUCAGUGUCAUCAGACUGCUCCGCAGGGCAAAGUGCCACAAUGCAGACCAGCUUUACGUUUGGCUCCUGCACUUCAUUGCCAACAACUAUCUGAUUUUCAGCCACAAACCAGACUUCAUGGAGCUGUCAGAGGAGGAGAGGGAACAGGUGGAGAGGUUGCGGUGGCCAUCCAGGGGAUACCUGCAGCAGCUCAGCGAAUAUCAGCAGUGCCGGCGGCAGCUACGCAAGUCACGCUGCUCCGUCAUGUGA